UGUCGAAACUCCAAAUGUAGAAUGCGUACAUCAUAUUUCAAAACCCCCAUUACGCGCCGGUUUCAGGCGCCGGUCGAUUGCAACACUGGACAGCGCGCCACAAUGCGAAACAGGUAUUUCAGAUUCAAGACGAUCAUACCUACGUCGACGACGACGAUACAUUCUUCUAGAUCGAGUUUCGUGCUAGUCGUCAGUAUCCGAGAUGCGAUGUCUCAAGCUGGAAGAGAUUUUGAUAUGGGACGAUUCUCGUCGUCGCUAGUUAUAAUUGUGGCGUUAUUGGUGAUAACGUGGGAGUGUGAAGCGCAAGAUAACCUGAAAUGUUCGAGCGGUGUUUGUGUACCGACUUACCUGUGUGCUAAGGACUCCAACAUUGUCAAAACUGAUGGUGAUCAACUACUGGAUUUGCGGUUCGAGGAAAAUGAAUGCCCUAAUGAUAUGAUAUGCUGCGGCGUGGAUGACGAACCAGCUGGGAAAGGUGAUUUAUUGCCCGAAGGUAGCUGUAAUGGAGAAUGUGUGAAGGAAUCGGAAUGCAGAACUCGAACGGAGGUGGUUGAUCUGAGAUUGGGGAAAAACGUAUGUGGGGCUGGUCGAGUGUGCUGUGAAAAACAACCAUCUAAGGCCUGCCAAGGAAAGUGUGUUCCACAAAGUCAGUGUUCUGAUUACAACCCCGUGCAAGGCCUAAUCAACUUGAGGUUUGAAAACGAUGGAUGUCCGACAAACCAAAUUUGUUGUAAUAACGUAAAAAUCAGUGAAACAUGUGAAGGGUUGUGUCUCCCAAGAGCAGAUUGUGCAAGCGUAAGAACUGAAUCAAAAUACGAUGAUAACAGAUGCCCGAGACAGCUUGUGUGCUGUAGUGAACCAAAGCCCUCACUACCGACAGCCCAGGUCAAAUGUGAAGGCAAAUGCCUUCCAGCAUCGCAGUGUCCCACAAGUGCCGUUGAAGGCAUCAAUUUGAGAUUAUCUAAUGGUUGCCCAUUUAGCGAGGUGUGUUGCUCUACGGCAUUGCCGCAAUGCGAUGGAACUUGUACCACAGCGGAUCGAUGCGCGGACGCUUCAAGGAAUAACACCGACGCCGUCGACUUGCGAUUAACAACUUUGAAUUGUCCAUUUGAUCAAAUCUGCUGCCGAAAGCUGAAGGAAGUUACGUCAUCUUGUGACGGAACAUGUGUUCCUGUACAACAAUGCCCUGAACUAAACACGUGGGAUAGUAGCAUUAAUUUACGGUUAUCGGAAAAUAGUUGUCCGUUUAAAACGGUAUGCUGCAAAAAUUCAAGUUUAAAGUUUUUGUGUAAUGGAACCUGCGUUACCCAAGGGCAAUGCAAUGAUGCAAUAGAUUUGAGGGUAUCCCAUAAUUGCCCAAAGAAUAAAGUCUGUUGCGAGAAUGUACAAAUAGAAACUCUAGAAACCCCAGCUGUACAAAAAUGCAAUGGAAUUUGCGUACCUUCAAUGGACUGUCCCCGUGAUACCAACAUUAAUGAAUUCAAUCUCAGACUUACUUAUGGAAGUUGUCCAGGUAACAAAGUGUGUUGCUUGAUUAAACCAACUGAAAUGUUUCUCCCUCCCAGGGACGAAUGUGAACGAACCUGUGUACCGCAGAACCAAUGCUCUGAAGAAUAUCAAAUGAAUCUGAGAAAGUUCGGAACCUCAUGUCCAUUCAACCAGGUUUGCUGCAAAGUUCCAAAAAUAUCUUCCAGUUGUGAAGGAACUUGUGUUACGACUGAUAUGUGCCUUGACCCUCCACUCUUAAAUUUAAGAUUUUCUGAUUCAAAUGUCUGCACAAACAACCAAAUCUGUUGCAAAAGUCCACGACCCCCAGAAUUUUCUUGCAGCGGACAGUGUGUCCCCGUAGGAACAUGUUCAGCAACACCACUCAACCUUGGUUCCGUCGACCUGAGACUCAUGAACGACUUAUGCCCAAAAGGAACUCAAUGCUGUCCACAUGCUUCAACUUGUGAAGGAAAAUGCGUCACCAGGGAUCAAUGCGACGACAAUUUCGGUUCUCAAGGAAUCAAUCUAAGAAUUGAAGAUCCCAAUGCAUGCCCGGCGAAUCAAAUGUGCUGCAAGAAGUUAAAACUUCCUCAGACAUCCAAAUCGUGCGAUGGAAAUUGUGUGUCCGCAGCAAAAUGCCCAAUAGAUUUAAGAUUCAAUUCAGAACAAUGCCCAUUCAAUGAGGUGUGUUGCAAGGGUUCAUCCAAAUCCAACGUUACAGAGGUGCUACUCUCAAGUGUCUGUGACGGAACUUGUGUUCCGAAUUGGCAGUGUUCUCCAAGUGACGUUGAUCUACGAGUCAACGACGGACAAUGUUCCGCAAAUCAAGUUUGCUGCAAAACCAAGCUUCCUCCAUGCCCUGGGCAGUGCGUUUCUCCGGAGCUCUGCGAAGAUGUUGGCAUUAAUCUUCGCUUCAUGCAAAGCUCCUGCGCAAAAAAUCAAGUCUGCUGCCAAAAUUUGAAACCACAAACAUGUCCAGGCGAAUGCGUUCCUGCCAAUCAGUGCUCCCGUCGUAUGCCGGGUAAAUCCCUCGUCGAUUUGCGACUAACUGGCAACGGAUGUUCCAGUGACAAGGUUUGCUGCAUGAUUCCUAACCCCUUCCAAACUCCUCUAAUGGUGCCUUCUGCACCAUCACCAUCCUCACCGUCUGGCACCAGCUGUACUUUGAAGCCAGAAUCGAAAACAGGCAUUCUCAAAAAGCCAGAUGUGAAAUGGUUGGCCAACAUUUGGACCCGGCAGGAACUUCUCGGCGUUUCUCGACGGCAGUUCGUAUGCACUGGAACGUUGCUGAAAUCGGAUCUGGUGCUGACCACGGCGGAUUGCGUGAAGGAUAUAACACCGGAAGGAAUGUACGUUCGGAUCGACGACUUCAAUUUGAAACCGUUGGCUACGCUCUCGCCGAGAAGGGAAUUCGAUGUUACCAAAAUAAUUCUUCAUCCAGACUACAGCAGCACAGACCGAAGCGCCAAUGUGGCUGUUUUGAAAUUGGCAAAAAAUGCAACUAGAAGUGCAAAUGUUUGUCUACCAAAUCAAUCAAAACUGAAUCCCGAAGAUCUUUGUUUGUUAAUCGGAUGGAAUAAACUGAACAUAAUGGAUGAAACUAUUCCGUACGCGACACCCGACAAAUCAUCCGUAUCUGCACUAACCACCGGUGCUAAGUGUGAAGAAGGUUACAUCUGUUCGGACGAUCGGAAACAAUCAACGCAAGGGCAAUGCACUGAUGCUUUUCAAGGAUCACCUCUCAUUUGCUUCGCCGGUAAUGGCUCAAACUGGGUUCAGAUGGGCAUGGUGGCUGCUGGAAAUAUGGGAUGUAAUGAGGAAGGCGUUCCCAAUUCCUUCGUGUCGAUUGGCGCAUACGGGUCUUGGAUACAGGAGCAGGUCGCCCCAAGCUUUCGACAAAUUGCAACUCCAACGGAUCCAAAUCGAAGGUAUCUUCCACCAGUGGUGUAAUGCAGGUUGAUAUGUAUAAAUGUACAUAGAGGAACUUAUGCUAAUUUCGACAAUUUUGUUCCCUUCGUCAUGAGGUGUUUUCUAAAAUUAGCUAUUUCUGAAUUCUGAAUUCUGAAAUUUCAAAAAAAAUAAGAAUUCAAAUUUUUCCAACCAAACUGACUAUCAGACAAUUUCGCCGAACCUAAACACUCAUGCAGAAGAUAACAAGACUACUGAAAAUACUCAAGUCAUCCCACCUAGUUUGUAUAUUUGAAAUAAAAACUUAGUACAUCUAUGACCUCCAUCAUAAUAUAAAAUACUCUUGUAAAAAUAAAUGACAGGUGUAAUAAAACCAACAGAGUAAGAAAAAAAUAAAAUGAUAAAAUAAACGAUCACUGGCAAAUGCUUUUAUCACAGACCUGAAGAUAUUGUCUGUGAAGUGGUUUGGUUGGUCUGGAAUAUCUCAAAACUAUCUUGGAAUAACUCAUAAAAUGCCAGGGGAUUACAAACUACAGUUGGAUGUAUAAUGUUUCAGUUCAAUGUGAGAAUAACCAUUGUUACUGUCAAGAACUAAACUUCAAGACAGUUUGGACGACCCCUAAUUUCCCAAUGGUUCAUAAUAAUAUAAAGUAGGCUUCAAGUUGAUCCAGUAACCGCGAUUGAUCAUACAACCUUACUGAGUAUAUCAUAAAUGGCUGCUGUUACGAGUGUAGACCUGAAGUUCUGAACUCCAAGAUAGUUUGGCUGACCGGGAAUAUCGCUAUAGUGUCUCUUAAUGACAUUUGAGAUUUCAAGAGCUUAAUGGAUCCCAGCAGAUUAUACAUUGCUAUUAUUUAUGGCGAAAACACGUAAAGUUAUUCUUGUAGAUUUGAGGGACUUGAUUAUAGGACAGUUUGGACGACCUGAAUGUUCCAAAGGUUUAUAAUAAUAUCAAGUAGACUUCAGAGUGGUCCAGUAAUCGUGAUUGAUUACGCAACGUUACUCACUAAAACAGAUAUGGCUACUGUUACGAGUAUAGACCUGAAGUUCUGUAUUAAAAGGUAGUUUGGCUGACCUGGAAUAUCCCUAUAGUGUCUAUAAAUAAGAUUGUGGAUUUCAAGAGCUGCACAGAUCCCAGUAGAUUAUGUAAAGCUAUUAUUUAUGGCAAAAAGACAUAAAAUUACUCUUGUAGAUUUGAAGGACAUUACUACAGUUUGAAACAACUUGAACAUUCCAGAAAAUAAAACAGCUUUUGAGAUUCUUGACAAAGGUUAAAUGAAUACAUAUGAACGUACCCUAUAUCCAAAUUCAGGUUUUAAAACAACUGGUACGUCAAUUAUUUCGUUUCUCCAAACUUUAUGGUGUUCAGGAUGUUCUAGGUUGUUAGUAAAGUCU